AUGUCCAACAUCCAGAAGCUUAGGAGUAGAAAGUGCACUGUCAUGCAUGGGAUUGACGCUACCAAAGUUACAAGUCCUCACUUGUUUGGAGGAAAGACAUUUGAUCGGAUAAUUUACAACUUUCCCUUUGCUGGAUUUUUCAAGAACUUAUCUCGUGAGGCUACCCUAAGAAAGCACAGAAGACUCGUGAGUUUGUUUCUUAAGAAUGCAAAAGAGAUAAUAGGUGAAAAUGGUGAAAUUCACAUUUCCCACAAAACCAAUGCUUUUCAUAUAGAAUGGAAUUUAGAAUCAAUGGCUUCUUCCCACGGGCUUAGGCUCAUUGAGGCUCCGGAAUUCGAUCAAUCUGAUUACAAAAAUUAUAACACAAAGCGUGGUUUUGGGGGUGACAUGAAUUUCAAUUGUUACCCUAGUAAAACCUACAAGUUUGGUCUUAAAAGGGCACAAGUUCAGCUCCUAAGUUAG